AUGAGUUUUUCCUUCCUCAGCUCGUGCGCUGAUCAUCAUGGAGGGGCCCGGUAGGUUACAGAGCACAAACAACAGAGACACAGACACGGGUUUGACACAGAGAGCAUCAACUCAGAGGGAAAAUACAAACUUAAAUCCUCGAAAAUCUGAGCUCUGGAGGGUUUAAGAUUCUGUUUUUUUUACAACUGAAAACCAGAAAAGCAGCUCUGACUGUUUCUGUAAAGACUGAACUCAAGUAAAAUCUCAGGUCUGUUUUUUUAACCUCUCUGAAGGGCUUCACAUAAAUGUUUUUUAAAGACACAUGUGGAAUAAAUACUCAGGAUGUUUUUGAGUACUUUUUAUGCUUUUUUUCUGAAUUUUAUCACGAUUAUUUCUUGAAACACUUGGAUAUCCUAAAACAGUAUAUUUGACUAACUUUGUACGGUGGCCCUGAGAGGACAAUGCACAAAUAUUUUCGAUGCAAAAAACAGUUUGCUGAAAACCAAAAAGAUUUAAUGAAAAGCCCCCCAAAAAUCACAAAAUGCAGAAAUAUUUCAUGGAAUCCAACUACUGGAUAAAAAGUAUAUACAAGUUUUUUUUUUUGUUUUGCAAUUUUAUGUGCAUUUGAUGAAAUAUUUUGUGUUUGGCCAAGUGGUUUUAGGUUUCACAGAAUAUUUUUAGAGAAAUCUUUUUUUUUUUUUGCAUUCUAAUAAAAUUGUUUUUCUUUUUUUUUUUUGCAUUUUUUAAUUAGACUUUCAGAUUUGGUAAAAAUAAUUUAGAAUUUUGUGAAAUAUUUUUGGGGAUUUUGUAAGACAGUAAAAAAAAUUGUAAAAUAUUUGUGCUUUUCAACAUAUAUAGUCUCCUUUUAUGGAACAUUUUGUCAUUUUAAAUAUUUUUGAAAAUAAUUUUUUGUCAUUUGUGAAUUUUUUUGACGACAUAUUUCUAGGUAAAUGAACAGUUUCGUGAGUUGAGAAAUCUGUUUUUGCAUCGUAAAAUCUUGAUUCAGUUGACCUUCAGAGCCACCGUACUUUUGUUGAGUCUCAAUAAACUUUUGUAUUUUUUUAAUUUAAAACUUAUCUCACAUUAAAAAGAUUCUCAAUUUGACUCAAAAAAACAAAACAAUACACCAGUUUAAGAACUUUUUUGUCGUAAAUUAAUGGUUUAACAUCGAUUUAUCUGCUGGGCAAAGUGUUUUAUCUCUGAAUGCACUCAGCACCUCUGAUUCAACAGCUUCAAUAAACUCAGAGAUUAAGAGUUCAUAAAAAAAACAGAUAAUCAAUAAAAGACAACAGCUGAAUAAAAUCAGCAGAAAAGGAAACAUGACACAGAUGAAAGGAUGAAUAUGAGCAGGUGAAAAAUGAGACCUGAGAUGAUCAACUUUAACUUCCAAACAAAGAAAGAAAAAGAUGAAAAAUGAGACAUAAAUAAAAAAAAGAUAACUAUUUUAUUCAUGUACUUUAGCCAGCAGAGAUUUAAUAAAUAAAGUUUAAGUUUUAAACUCAGUCUUGUGACGGUCAUGUGACACUGAGAGUGAUGGUCAAAGUUCAAACAUUGAUAUGAUUUGGAUUUAUGACACACUGAGCUGUUAAAGGUUUGUUUGUUAAAAAUAACAAUUAUAAUCAUUUUAAUCAGUUUUUCUGUGGAGUCUUUAAAAAGAAGGGUUUGAAACAGAGCUGAGCAAAAACAAGAACAAAAACAGGAAAACCCUGAAUUUGAUCCUGACGUCUCUGCCUCAGUCUCCUGACAGCGCUCUGAUUUACCCGCUCACUCUUUUCAGGAGUUCAACCCAUAAAUUCAAAACCGACUGCGACUUACAGUUCAUCACUUUUUCACUGAACAUCCAGAAAAAUCAAACAUUUAGGAGAUAAUUUCUCAUGUGCAUGUUUUAACCUUUUCACAGACGUCUUAUCUUUGGAUAAAAGUUAAAAUAUCCUCCUCAGUUUUAUUAUUAAGUUUUAUUAUUAUUAUGAUUUUAACUAAUGCUGUUCGGCUCAGAUGUGGAUAAUAGAAUUCUUAUUUAUGGCUGACUUUGGUGUUUUUGAAAAUAAUGUGUUUUAUUUUGAGACUGUGAAUUAUAAUCUGCAGUAUAUUGAGUUUUUUUUACACUUGUGAAGACAGACUUUGUUGUUGACAUGCUGAAAAUGUAUCAGAGUUUGUAUUAAUCAGGUCUAACUUGAAGGUUUUUCUCUCUAAUAUACGAGUGUCUGCGAGGCUGAGAUCAGGUUCAUUUUGGUGGAGCUGCAGCUUCUGUCCUCCUGACGACCUGUCAUCUAUAUAAACCCUGUAGAUCCGAAUUUGUGUAAAAAUAACAGCAGCCACAAGUUCGCAUCUUUGGGAGUAUGUAGGUGAUGACGCUUCAGCUCAAACGGACGAGAAAAGGUCAAUAACCUUUGAGUAAAAAGAUGUUUUAUAAAGUUUUCAGGCCUUCACUGUGUUUUCCUCCCUUCUUCUUCUUCUUCUUCUUGCAGCAGCACUUUGUGGGUGAAUAUGACAUCUGUGAGAGUUGCAGGACAGGCCUUCAAUGUGGGUCAUUGUUCAGCACAUCAUUUAUCUUCUUUUCACGGCGCCGGCCUGCGGUCGAGGAGGAGUUUUAGUUUGCAGGGAAACGUGAGGAGGACCUCAAACAAACGGCUCCAACGGACUCCAAACAGAGAGGACUGAGAAAAACCCGCUCCCUGAUGACAGGAUGAGACCCACAAACAUGUAAGUUUAAACCAAAUAUGUGUUUUUAUUCUCAGUUUUAUUUUUAGUGUUGUUUUCUGAGCAGCAGCUAAAAUAUAUACGUGACUAAAAAUACUCUGAAAAAAUGGCUGUAAGCUGGUAAAAAAAAACGUGCUGUAUGUAGAUAAAUGUGGAGGGAAUCAGACUUAAAAUUACUAUUUAUUAUGAUAUACGUUAUACAACCACAACUGUGUGUUAUAAUGAAUCAUAUUUGGAUUUAUAUCCAGAUUUUGUGUUACAGUUUAAAGCCACAGUCAGGGUUUUUUUGCUGGCUGUAAAACAGAUAAUAAAUUAAUACUGAAGAUUUUUAUGCUUUUAUAAUGUUUUUUUUAACCUACAAAAGCAAAAGGGACUUUCAGCAACAUGCCUGAAACUUUUUUUUGGUGAUAAUUAAUAAUUAAAAAUUGUAAUAAUUAAUUGGUUGGAGGGGUAGGCGACUGACGACACUCUGAAAAAACAGCAUUUAAGAAAGUGAACAUUUACAGAUAUCUUUGUCCGUUAAAGAAAACAGGAAACAGUUGUAUUUGUUAUUUUUGAAUGCUCAGAACAAGAUCAGUGAAACUGUGAGAUGCUCAUCUUUGUCCACAGGGGGCGCCAGAAUCAAAACAAACCAAAAGUUCCCCACAGGAGCUUUAAGUAGCGCAAGAAAAAGUCAUGCAACGAACUCUUCGCAUCAAAAUUAGACUUAAAAAAAGUAGAAUUUAUUAAACAAGAUGUCCUUUAUGAAAAUAUUUAUGGAUUGGGGAGUGGGGAUGGCUAAGGAGGUCAGUGCGCCCCAUUUUCCCGCACUGUUCUAUCCAUAAAGGUAAAAAUCGCUCAAAAAAAUACUAAAAAAUAAAAAUGAAAAAUAAUCUUAGAUUUUAAUUUUUCCUCUACAAAAAGGUGAGAAGACUUAUUCAUUUGACCAUAAUAAGAGAGCAGAGUGAGGUAUUUUCAAAAAUAAUAUUGUUUAGACACAUGCAGAAAAAUUAAAGCAGAGACCUUUUUGUCCACAGGGGGCGCCAAAAUCAACCCAAACAGCAAACUCCUAACAGGAGCUUUAAGGUGGAAUUUCUCUGAAACUUCUGUACGAUGUUAGGCGGACUAUCCUUAACAAGGUUAGAGCAAUAAUAUUAAUAAAUGUGUAUAAAUGUGUGAAUCGCCAAAAUGUAGAAUAACACAAAUACUCUUGAUUUUUUUUUUUUUUUUUUAGAAAGUUAAGUUUUGGUAUUUUUUUAAUUAAAUGUUUCUGUUUGAAUUUGAAAAGUAUGAACUAGAGCUGAUAAUAACUCAAAGACGUCAGUAUAUUAUCAGGGUUUCUUAACUUAUUUAGUUCCUACAUACUGUAAAUUUAUCUGAGAUUAGAGAUAUAUAUUCCUUAUAGGAGAGACCUGGUCAAAAAUGGCCAAAAGUUUUUCAGAUUUACACAGCAGACCUACAAAAGUCUGUUAAACUGCACACAGAAAACCUGGUUGCAGACUUGAACAGAACAGCAAACAAAGCUGCUGAAUCUCAUCCCUCAGUGUUUGGAGGGAAGAAAGUGAGUCUGUUAUUUUACACUGAAUGGUUUUAUAAAUAAAUAUAUACUGGAGACCAAACUGGCGUGUACUCAAAGCAGUCCAACUGACAAAAUGAACUUUCUACAAUACUCUUAUUCUUUGAGAAGCACAAGUAAAUUAAAGUUUAUUUAAUUUAAGUUUAAAGUAAUGUGCCUCCAAACUGUGAAACUGUGUAAAAGUACUGAAUAAAAAUGCACAAGUUUGACACAAAUCUCUUUAAAUUAACAUUUAUUUUUCAUGUUUAGUGUUCAAUUCUCCUAGUUUCCUCUGCUGUGAGUGUAUAGCUUUAAAUUCAGUAAUACUUUUUGAUUUUUCCCUUAAUUCGAGACCAGUGUGUGUGUGUUUUUUUUCUUUUUUACCUUUUGACUCCGCUCGUCCUGCUGCUUCACACAACAUCAUCACGCUGGUCAGCUGUAAGAAAAUAUUAAACAUAUUAUUAUAUGAUUGGACCAAAUUAACCGUUUUAGACUGUUAUGUAGAGAAAUGCUGUCAUUAAAGAUAAUGCAAUAAAAGGACGUGUGCAAAAAAAGUUACUGUGAGGAGGUUUUGGUUUGUGUAAGUUAUAGCGCCCCCUGUAGACAAAUAUUCGCAUCUUAAGAAACUCGUCACAGCUUUUAAUUUGAAAGUCUUUUUCCUCCAGCCUGCCGUCAAUCAUCUGCUCUGACACCUCCCUCCUCGGUGAAAACAUUCAAAGCAUGUCGCUGAAAGUCACAAAAAAAACGGACCAGUCUUAAAUGAAAUAGUUUCACACUGUUAAAAACUCCUUACUAGAGCUUUAAAAACACUUAAAAGGUGGCGUUAACGUCCACUGAUGCUCAGUUACAGCUCUUUAAAAAGGACCAAAUCACAUCGAUCUGCUCACAGCCACAUUAUAAUGUGGUGUAAACCAGCAGUAAAUGUUUAUGCUUCUUAUAAACACCACAUCAAGUAGAGUUUUAUUGAGGUGACCUGGUGUUUAAAAGCUCCCACUUUGUCUGGUUUAUUUCACGCUGAAAAUUCAGAUUUCUUUUUCUGACUUUUUCUAAAUUUUCCUGUAUUUUAGGACGUUUAUUUUUGUUGUUUUUAGUUUAUUUGGUUUGUCGCUGAAGUUCUCUGAGCUGUAAAUCCUCUCGGAGUGAGCAUGUGGCUCCUGCAGAUAAUUGAAGGAGAAGUUUCAGAGCGAGGAGGAGGAGGAGGAGGAGGAGGGUGUUCAUGUCCGUCACAAGUCAGACAGGCAGCAUAAAGAGUGUGGAGCUCAUUGUGGCACAGCUGUGUGUGUGUGUGUGUGUGUGUGUGUGUGAGCUCAGAGAUCAGACAUGAAUUUAUAUUUAUCCAGUUCGUCUUCAUCCAGCACAGACUUAUCGUGUCGCUCCAUCUGCAUGUUCCCUCCUCCUCCUCCUCCUCCUCUUCUUCUUCGUCUCCUCUCAUCCAUCACCGAACAUUUAGACUCUGUGAAGACAGCGCACUUAUUGCUGAUUUUCUUUGUAUUUAUAUGACACUUUUUAUGGCUCUAUAAAGGCCAUCGGGCAGAUUGAUGUCUCUGUGUAUGCUAAGUUGCCAGUUUAAUAGGUACACACCUCUGUGUCUCGAUGUUUCGCUCUCAUUGUCCGGGGAGAAAAAAGAAAAACACAAGAACAUUUUCUGCAAAAAGUUAUCAAGCUUUAAAGUCACGUCUCGGUGCGUUAGUUUUCUGUGUGUGUUGGCUCAGUUUUCAAACAGGACAGUUUAGUAGGACUUAAAUCUUCAUAUUACGGAAAAGUGUUUCUUUCUACAGUGACAAAAGUGUCUGUAUUUUUUGAGAUUUGUCUCAGUGUUGAUCCUUUUUCAUAAGCUGUUAAAGACAUCUCUUCUUUGCUCUCCCUUCCUGCAGAGUUAUUUUUAACAGGAAAACUGAUCCUCUGAAAAGCUGCUUUGCAAAUAGGUACAACCGUCACUCCCCAAGCUUUUGAGCAACAUAUUAUGGCUUUCCAUGUUGCACAUUGGCUCUGUUUUUAUGGUUAUAAAGGCUCAAAGCUCCUCUCCAGUAAGUGGACCUUGUUUUGUUAACCUACUAGUUUAGUAUUUGAAAAAUAAAUACCCAAAACUUAAUGAAAUAUCAGUUUUAAGAUGUAAGAAACUAAACUAUAUGCUGCAUGAUUUCAGGGCCAGUUUGCAUGAGUUUCCUCGACAUUUAUCCAAACCUUUUUUGAGAGGCGUUAGAGUUAAAUAUGUCUGUAAAUGAACCUUAUUAAAGUCAAACUUUCAUUUAUUAAAGAAGAAUCAAAUAGCGGCAUAUUUUCAGGACAUUAACACACAUCUCUCAUCAGCUCAUGGAGCUUUGUCGUCUCUUAUUCACGUCUGAAAGCUCCUGAAAUGUCUUGUAGUUCGUCAGUUUUAUGUGAAGACUUAAAGUGGUUAUGUUUGCUGUUUCCUUAAAGAAAUAGUACUGACAUGUUUUUAUUAAAGUAAAUAAAACUUUGCUUAAUACUCUGCUUUAUGAUAACGAUGCUAAACAUGAACUAGCAUGUGAGUCCAUGAGCAUAAAUGUCUUUUUAUGUUUAUGAAAUCUUGGAGAGUCUUUGUCUCCAAAACUAACUUUUAAGAAGGUUGAAUCUCUGACAUUAGUUGAAACUUUAAAAGCUUUUAAACCUCCUCUCCUUGUCGUCAACAGUGUGUGGAGUUAGCUUCUUGUUUAUUUAUUGUCUGUUUAUUUAAUUCACGAUAGAAACUAUAAACUGCGGAUGUGGCUGAAAGCUCCUGAUUAUUCCCUGUGAGUUGACCUUGUCCUGUGAGUUAGUGUCUGCUAUCAUUACAGGCCCAGCAUAAAUCUUCCUCUGAGGGCGCUGCCUUUGGUGACUUUGGGCCUCGUUGAAAAAAUAUCAAAUUGGGCCUCGCCGCUUUAUUGAUGAAUAUUUCGACAUAUUUAAGGUUGCUGUCACUCAUGAACCUUCACUGAAGAAUCAUCCUAACUUUCCGUGUGGUGUCGCUGCUUACAAUCAAAGAUAAUUGUAUGAUUGCAGAGUGCAGUAAUCAUAACCAUGUGUACCUAAUAAACUGGCCAGAGCAGGAUGACAUAUUUUGAUUUUGAUGUCGGUUAGGUCUGUUUUUCAUCGAUUUCAGGAGACUUAACAAUAGAAUGACAAUAAAAUACAGGUGAAGAGAGGCGUAAAGUAAAAAAACAUGCAAAACUAGAAAAGAUACUGUGAAUAUUUUUUCAGUAUUGUUUUUGUUUUUCAUUAGUCAGUGAAAUAAACAUUUCAGCUCCACAAAAAUGUGAAUUUUCAGGCCAUAAUUUGUGGUUUUGGGCAUUAAAGGGUUAAACAUAGGUUUAAAAGAUUUGCAUAACCACCCGUUCACUAUACAUAACGUGCAGCUCGAGUCAGUAUUGGGUCGGUCCGUCAAAGACCACAUCUAGACGUCAGUGUGACGUGCAAAAUAGGUUAGAAAUUUAGGCAUCCAAAUUGGACCUUUUUUUUAGACUUUGCUCUGACGUUUAAAAUUUGGACAUCAUCUGAAAACCAAAUCUAGACGUCAGCACAACCGCAAAAUGGAUCCAAGAUUUAGACGUUGUUAUUGGACCUCUUUUAGACGUUAAAUGAUGACGUUUGUACCUCAUCAUCGAAAAAACAAAACAAAACAUUAAAUAGAUGUCAUUCCGACGUCGCAUCACUCAUACAUACAAAAAUAAAAAAUAUGUUACAUUUUUUUUAUUGCUCUUGGGGGCCCCCUACUGGCCACGAGGCCCUAAGCAGGCGCUUAGUUCGCUUUGGCCUUGGGCCUAGUCCGCCUAUUCAUACCUGCAGUAACCAACACCAUGUAUUUAUUUCUAGCAUAUUUACUGCACACACACUCAUUCAUAUAUAAAGUUCAGCUAAACUGCAUUUUGUUGUUCCUGUACUUGUACUGUGUUCAAUGACAAUAAAGUUGAAUCUAAUCUAAUCUAAGAUCCUGCUCACCCUGUUGGGGAUUCUAACAUGCAUAACCACCCUUUCACUGCGCAUGCUCCCUGUUAAACACAUCAUCCUGACCUUAUAUUAAAGAGGGUUUUUUUAUCUGAAAUGAACAAAAUCAGACCCCGCUGCUGCAGGUCCUUGUAUAGAUCUGUUCAAUCUAUAUCCAAACGCUCUCUGUGGCUCAGAGAUCAAAGGUGCUCCGCUGCAUUAAUUAGUUAAAUAUUACCUCUCUGAGCCAAUCAGAGCGAUCGAGCUGAACGUGAAGAUGAGAGAUCAAAGCAGGCGCAUAUCGAUCACCUCCUCCACCUCCUCCUGCUCCUCCACCUGCAGCAGUCUGACGGUCAGCCUGUAAAACAGAGAGUCAGGGCCUUUAUUCUGACAGGCUGAACUUGUGACUGCAUGCUCCACAUUUCCACGCAGCCUCACUGAGAGUUAAAUUAGAAACAAGACGUAAUGCAGCCGCUAUGUGAGUGUGUAAAAGGAGCAGACCAAAUACUGAUAGCUUUCUCUGCCGGGCUUAUUUAUGGGCAGCUCUGGCAUCGCUCCUAAAUGGGGAUGUUGAAUUUAUUAUUACAGCGUUGGACACGUUCCCAGGAGUGUUUAUUAUACACAGAACAGAGACGUUUGCAUGCUCUCAUGGGUGAUUUUUUUAGGCUGGAAAUGCGGCUUAAUUUCUCCAGGAUAAAAUCACAAAAAAAUGAUUAUUUUCGUAUUUAAAUUCUUGUAAAAGUGGCCUCUUUACGUGCAAAAAAAUCUGCUUUAAAAUGAGCUUCUAAAUUCUUUUAAUGUAGAUUUAAAAGUGCAUGUCUUAUCUUGAUCUCAGGGGCUAUUACCAUAUAUGAGCGUGCAUGAUCAGCAGAAAGGGUCUCUUUUUCCCACACACACACACACCCACAGUCACACACACAUACACACACACACACACACACACAGGGGCUGACAUUGUGUGCAGAAAUGCUUUGCAGGGCGGUGUGAGCUGCAGAAACACUGUCCACUCUGCUUCAUGCAAAGCCACAUCCAGCAGCAGCAGCAGCACCUCCACCGUCAGUGAGCUGCUGCAGCCUCCUUCCUCUGCAGGGAUUAUUAUCCGGGAUUUUUUUUUUUUUGUUCUGAAACCAAAAAGGUGAGAGGAGCACGAAGAGGCAGGAUGUAGUGUUUGUUUCCGCGCGGAUUGUUUCAGGUCGGGAUGAAUGUGUGCUGUGGAGGUACGGCAGCCGGGCUGGGUUAUGUGUCUUUAUGAUUUACGAGCCUGACUCCAGCCGCGGUUCAACCAGAGUUCAGAAAGCUGCAUGCCUCCAGACUUAUUCUCUCUCUCUCUCCUUCUUUUCUGUCUCUCUCUCUCUCUCUACACUUCUGCUCGUCUUUGCUUAAUAAUUCUGCUCUGUUUAAUUUCAUAUGAAGAGAGAGAGCUCUACAUUUAAUCAGAGAUAGUCGCUGCGAGGAUGUUUGCUUUGUUUCUGAUCCAAGCUGCAGCGCACAACACACUUUUGUUCUUAUUUGUGUGUGUGUGUGUGUGUUUGAUGGAUGACUUUUUCACCAGAUUCUGAUGCAACAUUUAAUUUUCUAGCUUGAAAAUGCCAGAGACAGGAUUAUACAUUAUUGAAUAAAGGCUGUUAUUUAUUAACAGUCAGAGGGCUAAUUUAAUUUCUGGAAACUCAGUAAUAAAACCAAUGCUUUAUUUAUAUUAAAAGCACUUUUGUUUUAUGGGCUUAUUUAUGUUUCCUUUAAUUAUGUGUAAUGCGUUUUCUUUUUUUUUUGGGUGUUUGUGUGCAGAAUAAUUAGAGACACAAUCCUUCGAAAUAGUCUGAAAUAACUGGAUCUUCUGUUUUAACAGAAUAAUUAAAAAGGAACCAUGAGUUAGGCUGGUCUGCUCAGUAUUCAUUGUUAAUUUCUGCACUGAAUUUGCAGCAUUAUCCUUAAAAUUAAGGUCUUAUUUCCCAUGGCCUCUCAGUCCAAAGAAAGCUUUGUGCCAGCUCAGUGAGGUCAACCUUUGUUGAGGAGAAAUCUUUUUAUUUGCAGGAUUAACCUCCAAUUUCUUAUUUUAAGGUUCCUUUUUUGUAAUCACAACAAGCUUUAAAUGCAAGUGGGGUAGCAUAAUUUUCAGAUUUGGUAUUUUUAGAGAGUUUAUCCCUAAAUGCAUUCUUUUAUUUUCUGUGGCCUCUCAGCUCAGGGGAGAGAAAUGAGGUUCACAUUUAAUUUUCAGAGGAAAAUAAAAAAGAUUUUGCAAGAUUAUCUUCAAAUUUUAGAUUUUUUUUCACUUGUGACUUGAGGAGAAGCUUUAGAUAUGCUCGUACUGUUUUCAAGAGGUUCAAUAAAAACAAAUAAUUAUAUUUCUCCAUGUUUUGCAAGAUUUUUGAGAAACUGCUUGGUUGGGAUGUCCUUUAUCUGCAUUUUUUUAUUCCUGUGGCCUGUCAGUCCUGAUGGGCCGGUAAAGUUUCUACAGAAUUGAAGGAAAAUGGUUUUAUUUCUUCACAUAAUCUGCAGGAUUAGCCCCAAAUCUCUCAUUUUUAGGGGAGGUUCCUUUUACCAAACUAGUGGCUGUUGAUUUCUUGGCAAGCCAGCGAGGUCCAGGAUACAUUUUCAGGGGUAAAUAAUGUAAAAUAAUUAAAAACCUGCACAAAUUAAAGCAGAUGUUACUCAAACAUCUUGUUUCAACCAGUUUUUAUUUAUGUGGCCUUACAGUCCACCAGAGGUUUGUAGUGUUUACUCUGAAUUUUGGGGGUUUAUAGAGAGUAAAUUAUUUAAUUUCUGAACAUCAUUUGAAGAAUUAGCUCCAUUUCUCUUAUUAUAAGGAGUUUCUUUCCAGCAACUAUUUUCUUUUUACUGCUUUUGAGAGACUUGUGAUCUCUACUUUUAUCUUUUUAUUGGUAAAUAAAAGACAAAUAAUCAAAUUUUUGCUAAAAAUUAGUUUCAUCCAAUCCUUUUCCCCCAUUUUUUCUUCACUAAACUAAUUUUCUGUUGUCUAGUAGAGAGUUAGUAGUCAAGUAGUGAGAGCUACACUAAUUUUGGGAGGUAAAUAAAAGGAAAAUAAUUAAGUUUCUGCACAAAUUUAGCAAAAUUAUCUCUAAAUGUCUUGUUUCAGGGGGGUGUAUUUCAACCAGAGCCUUUCUUUUCCCUGGCCCCUGUGUCCAGGAGAGGCUUGCUAUUCAUGUCAGCAGACUAUUGAGUUGAUAAGAUGGAUCAUGCAGUCUCCUCCCUGAUUCUGUCUCCGUCUUUUUUUCUCCCUCUCAGGCCAGAAGCGCAGGGCUUUCUGGAAACCUGCCAUGUGACAUUUGGCUGCCGGCUCUCCGUCAGAAGGUCAAAGGGAAGGGGGCUGCACGGUUCAUGGAGAUGCAGAAAACCAGUGAAAACCUGCAGCACAUCCAGCACCACGACUUCUACAGCGAGGCUUUGGAGGAUGUCAGCGGGUUCGGGUGUGAUCGUCAGGCGGCUUCAGACACGUUUGAGCGCUCCUCGUUCCCCCGGAGGUCCAGACUGCAGCAAAAGUUCCCCAUGAGCAAAAAGAUUUUCCCCUGGAUGAAAGAGUCCAGACAGUCAGAUCAGAAACCCGGCAGGAGGAUCACAGGUCUGUAUAUGAGGCCUUUUCAUUUAGUCUGCCUUAAUUAAGAAAAUGAGCUUUUAUUUUCUCUUUGUCAGGUUCAAAAGGUCAGCAGGCCAUUCAUCAAACUGAGGACAGGCACAAGGCAGGAGGAUAAAUACACCUUGGCUCAGGUUAAAGCCUCUCAGCAGUCAGCCUACAAGAUGUCAGAGACAAAUAACAUAUAACAAGAAUUAAAAUAGGAAGAGUGGCCUAUUGUAAAAAGAUAAUAGGAAAUAGGCUAAUGAAAUAAAUUAAAGUUGUCCUUCUAGCACCAAUUAGGUUCAGGUAAGAGGUUAAAUUCUGAUUUAACCUUAAACAUUCAUCAAAUAGCCCACCAACUUUCUAGUUCAAAACACCAAUAAACAAUAAACAAGACGCCAACUGUCAUUUAAAUGGCAUAUGACCAGAGAUAGCAGUUAGCUACUCCUAUUUUUAAAAGCCUGAUGAUAUUGGACAUUUUUUAAUAGUCCAAAAAUACAAAAUAAAACAAGAAUUAGAAUAGAAACAGUAGGCUACUGUAAAAAAGGGGGAAAGGGAAAAAAAGGUAAUAGUCUAAUAAAAAUAGAAGGAAAGCUGUAUGAGGUUAAAUUCUGAUUUAACCUUAAAUAUUCAAUGAAUAGCCCACCAAUUUUCCUGUUCAAAACUCCAAUAGACAUGAUGCUAACUGUCGUUUAUAGUUAACAUCCGGGUAUUUGAGCCUUAUAGUUAUGGCAGCGGCUAACCAUUACAGUAGCAGCACCUGCUAGUGGUGGAUGGUAUCACUACAGUUAACACACACGACUGGUACUUUGGGCCUACAAAUAUAAAAAAUGUUGAUGAUUUAUCUAUUCAGUGCCACUAGCUAGGGUGACGGAUUUUAACAGAUUCAAAGGCACCUAGCUAGCUUUAUUCACCCGGCAUGACCAGAGACAGCCGUUAGCUAGUCCUAUUUUCAAAAGAAUUCGAAUAGAAAGAGCAGCCUACUGUAAAAAAGGUAAUAGUCUAAUAAAAAUAAAAGGUAAGAGGUUAAAUUCUGAUUCAACUUUUAAUAUUCAACAAAUAGCCCACCAGUUUCCCAGUUCAAAACACCAAUAAACGAUAAACAAGACGCUAACUGUCGUUUAUAGUUUAUAUCCGGGUAUUCGAGCCUUAUAGAGUUAUAGCAGCAGCUAACCGUUACAGUAGCAGCACCUGCUAGCGGCGGAUGGCUUCACUACAGCUAACACACACAUGACUGGACUUUUGGGCCUACAAAUAUGAAAAAUAUUAAUAAUUCGUUUAACUGACUAGUGCCGUUAACUAGGGUGGUUGUUUUUAAUAGAUUAAAAAUGCACCUAGCUAGCCUUAAUCACCGGGUGUGACCAGAGAUAGCCGGUAGCUAGUCCUAUUUUUAAAAGCCUGAUGAUAGAGGACACUUUUUAAUCGUCCAAAAAUACAACUUUAUUCUACUAUUAAGCAAUAGAUGUAAAUAUUAGGCUACUAAUAACCUCGACCUUUAUCCAUAGGCUAAAUGUAGAAAAACCCAAGGUGUCUGAUAUUGGCCUAUUAGAUCUAAAAAAUAUGACAACGACCACAUGAGAUAGACCUGAAACUGUUUAUCAUAAAGGCCAAAAUUUUUGAAUCCUUCGUUUUACGCCGUAUAUCCCUGCUUUCAGUGUACUGUUUUAUUUAUUUUGAUAUUGGACACCAAAGUCCAGGUUCAGUCAGGUUGGCCGAACGCAUGUGCCCUAAAAACGUGAAAAAGCCAAUUAAUAAAUCAUUAACUCGAGUGUAAACUGAUAACAUUCCCGUAAAAAAAAACAACAGUUUCACUUUCAUUCCCCCUUUAGGAACUGCAGCCAAAAAAAUAUUUUUAUUAACUUCACUGUUUUCAAGAUUAAUCGAUUAGUUAUGUUAUGUUUGAAAUAAUGAAAAAAAAAACGUGAACAAAGCCAAUUAAUAAAUCAUUAAUCAAAGUGUAAACUGACUGCAUUCUCGUUAAAACACAACAGUUUCACUUUCAUUCCUCCUUUAGGAACUGCAGCCAAAAAAUAUUUUUAUUAACUUCACUGUUUUCGAGAUUAAUCGAUUAUUGGUCGAAGUUAUCAGGCAUUGCUAUGAGUGUGAGAAAGAAAAAUUAUCCACAGUGUAAAGCUUGAAUCACAGAACUUUGACUGUUUGUAUUCAAGUAUUCUUGGAGAUAUUUACUGUAAAACAGAUAUAACUUUAAAUUUAUUUUUUAAAUCAGCUAAUAACUGCAGCAUUUAUUCGUAUUUUUAGUUGACUCGAGUUAAUUGGUGCUUUUCUUGUCUUUCAAAUGAAGUCUCAUUUGUUUAGUUUUUAAAAUGAAAGUGCAUGCAUUGCUUACUUGAUCUAUAUUUUAAUUUGGACCACUGACAGAGUUCUGGGUUUGACGGUUUGUGACAGUAGCUAUAAAAUACAGACUCGGAUAGAAUAAAUAAAACAGGCAAAUUAGUUGAAAUCUAGAUCUCAGAACCGAGAAGGAUAAAUAAAAAUGGAGAGGCUUCCUGUGACUGAUCACCAGUUUUGUUCUCCUUGCUCCUUUUUGUCCGUCUCAGCAGACUGCACAGUCAACGAGAAGCGCUCUAGUGCGAGUCCGGCCUCUAAGAGGUCACGCACCGCGUACACGAGCGCGCAACUGGUGGAGCUGGAGAAAGAGUUCCACUUCAGCCGCUACCUGUGCAGGCCGAGGCGCGUGGAGAUGGCUAACCUCCUCAACCUCCACGAGAGACAGAUCAAGAUCUGGUUCCAGAACCGGCGGAUGAAGCAGAAGAAGGACGAGAGAGUCCAGGGCCUCGUUCACUCCACCAACACCGCCUCCUCCUCCUCGCCCCCGUCCUCCCCCUCCGCCCCGGGCAGCCCCACUCUGUCGAGCCUGGGUUAUGUUCAUCUGGGCGGGGAUUACCAGCCGGCCUCUCCUCCGCUCAAGUCCCAACAGCACCAUCAGUCCCAGCCGGCGUACUCUGCUGAAUACUCCAAAUAUGCAGCUCCAGGCUUCGCGCACGGCCCGCAGCUUCACGUGCAGUACAACACGCACCCAAACUCCCACGCAACAGACCCAAAUGUGGAUGUUAGUGGGUCAUAUUUCCCACAGAGCUGCACUCAGGACAGGAUCAUGCAGGCUCCAAAACUGACUCAUCUGUAA